CCCACCAAUAGGAAGAGGGGGCUUGGCUAACCUUAGCCUCCCAUUUUUCUUCCCCCCCAACUCGGGGCUCUGACCAGUCAGUCGCCUUUGAUUAUCAGUUGCCAGCAGCCCCUCUCUUGGCUCCUUGACAUGAGCACCAUAUAAGGCAGCGAUCUCCAUAGAAACGUGUCAGUUUCAAUAGUAGUGUCAAAGUUCACUAUAUACAGACAGUCGCGCAGAUCCCCCUUUCGGAAACGUUGCUCCGCUGCUCUUCCCGUUUAAACGCAUUCAUUUGUGUGUGUGACUCUGUGCCUUCCCUUCUCCCGACUUCUCUUCUUAUUGCAUAUUCUAUUAGGUGUCGUCUGGGCUUUUUUUUUCCUUUUCUUUUUCCCCCCUUUGCCUCCCUCACUCCAUUCCUGCAGGAGAGCUCCGCACAGCACCGACCGCUCCAGCCCAUUGUUAUUAUUAUUCUAUUCUCAGAAUCGCAGUGUCGCUGCUCCAGGAGGAUACCGGUGUCUCUCUCUGACUUUUCCUGCGACUUUUUGUGUUUUUUUUUCCAACUGACUUGAGAAGCCAAAGAGCAGAAGGAGAAGCGGAGCCGCCGGCCGGUACAGCCACAGCCCGACCCCUAUCAGAGCCUUGUUAUUCCGGGCAGAUGGGAUAAGCCGGGCUCUGUCUCCUCAUGGUGCGGACGGGUCGGAACCUUCUCUCGCUGUUUGUGACUUGUGAUGCAAUGAGAGUCGCACCGGGGUUAUUUCUCCAUCGCUCCCAAUAAAGAGAGCAUUUGCCAAGCGACAGAUCGCGGAGGGAGGGAAGCGCCUGAUCUGCUCCAGGCUGUGGAUGAGGCAGAUUCCCAGGACUGGCUCUAUGAAUGGCUGACUGCAUUUUGCCCUGGAUUUGGCCCCCGGACACUAACAAACCCUGAUCAGGUCCCCCCACCCACCCCCUCCAAAGAUUUAUUCUUCAUCGCCCUCCCUCCCGUCACCCAGGCCGGCUGCACACUGCUCCGUCCUGCAGAGCCCGCUGCCCCUGGCCGCCCUAUGUCUGCCGGCGAAAUUGGGGCUGCGAAUCCCGCCGCCUCCCCAGCCUGAACCCUCCUCCUGCAGCCCGCAGCCCGGAGACCAGGGGAGGAGGACCAGAUCGACACUCAGGGGAGGGGGGGAACAGUUGAAGCCGCACUUCCAGCGCCCAGCCGGGCACACAAUACAUCAUUAGCUCCUGAGCCCAUUUCACUGUGCAAGAGACAGGGGGAAAUCCCUUGAGCGCUAAUCCAAGGAAACGGCUCCCAGCAGCGGCCAGCACCACGGCAGAGACAGCCAGCUUCUUCUUCUCCUCCAGGAUCAAAUCCCCCCAGACCGCGGCCAUAAGCUCCCUCUCCAGCACUUUCUGGGCCCGAGAUAUGGCAAUGGUAGUUAGCAGCUGGAGAGAUCCGCAGGAGGACGUGGCCGGGGGAAAUCCGGGAGGCCCCAACCCGGGGGCCAGGGAGCAACAGCAAGCGCCCUCCGCUGCCCCCCACACGCCUCAGACCCCCAGCCAGCCGGGACCCCCAUCCACCCCCGGUGCAGCCGGGGACAAGGGCCAGCAGGGCUCCGGGCAGAGUCAGCAGCAGCACAUCGAGUGCGUCGUGUGUGGGGACAAGUCGAGCGGCAAGCACUACGGCCAGUUCACCUGCGAGGGCUGCAAAAGUUUCUUCAAGAGGAGCGUCCGCAGGAACUUAACGUACACAUGUCGCGCCAACCGCAACUGCCCCAUAGACCAGCACCACCGCAACCAGUGCCAGUACUGCCGCCUGAAGAAGUGCCUCAAAGUGGGCAUGAGGAGGGAAGCGGUACAGCGAGGUAGGAUGCCUCCGACCCAGCCGAACCCAGGGCAGUACGCUCUCACCAACGGGGACCCCUUGAAUGGCCACUGCUACCUGUCCGGAUACAUCUCGCUGCUGCUGCGGGCCGAACCGUACCCCACGUCCCGCUAUGGCAGCCAGUGCAUGCAGCCCAACAACAUUAUGGGCAUUGAGAACAUCUGCGAGCUGGCGGCCCGGUUACUGUUCAGCGCCGUGGAGUGGGCCAGGAACAUCCCUUUCUUCCCGGACCUGCAGAUUACUGACCAGGUGGCCCUGCUGCGGCUGACCUGGAGUGAGCUGUUUGUGCUGAAUGCGGCUCAGUGCUCCAUGCCCCUCCAUGUGGCCCCUCUCCUAGCCGCUGCUGGCCUCCAUGCUUCCCCCAUGUCCGCCGACAGAGUGGUGGCCUUUAUGGACCACAUCCGGAUCUUCCAAGAGCAGGUGGAGAAGCUUAAGGCCUUGCAUGUAGACUCUGCCGAGUAUAGCUGCCUCAAAGCCAUCGUCCUCUUCACAUCAGAUGCCUGCGGCCUGUCAGACGCUGCGCACAUUGAGAGCCUGCAGGAAAAGUCGCAGUGCGCCCUGGAGGAGUAUGUUAGGAGCCAAUACCCCAACCAGCCCAGCAGGUUCGGCAAACUACUUCUAAGGCUCCCAUCCUUGCGUACAGUCUCUUCGUCUGUCAUCGAGCAACUCUUCUUCGUUCGUUUGGUAGGUAAAACCCCAAUAGAGACUCUCAUUAGAGACAUGUUAUUAUCUGGAAGUAGUUUCAAUUGGCCUUACAUGCCCAUCCAGUGCUCCUAGGGACCUGCCCAGUGACUUACUUGGACCUCACUUGGCCACACAGCUCUGAUGGUAGGCUUAAUUAAUACAUUUUUUAAAGAUAAAUCCAUUCUAUCUGGAGGACUUUGCUGGAAAAGGACCAUGGCAAAUCUAAUAUAAAGCGAGGAAACUGAGCCACUUGGAUGUACUAUGGACCGAUAUGGAUUGGUCUGUACAAAAUGGCAAGGACCGGGCAAUAAAUCCCGUGCAGACACAAGCACUGACUACUUACCAGGAACAUUUCCUGGCCAUUUUGUAAUAUAUAUUAGUCUUUAUUUUCUUUUUUAUGUCGAGUUGAAAGCAAUGUAUGCGCAUAAAGAACAACACAAAAGCAGAGUUACGGAAAUAGAGGAAAUCAUGUGUUUCCAAAUAAUUAUAAACCAGACAAACUCGUCCUGUGUCUAUGUAUCUAUAUCUGUUUUGUAUUUUUCUGGUUCCAAACCAGGUCUCCUGUAAUUCUAUACUAAUAAUUUUUGAUAUAACCCUUUGCUUCUUAUAAUGAGUGCGAUAUAUGUUGUCGAGGCGUAAGUUCUUCAAGAAUUAAAAUUGAAGUGAGAAUUUAAACAAAAUAAAAGACUUUAGCAAAAAA